UGUGCAGUAAAGCAAGAGUAAACCGUUUAAGGCUUGGUUUUGGUUUCCCCUUCUGCUUCGCCAGAGCGAAAGUAAAACAAAGCACAACCUGCAGCCGGCACCAGGACUGCGUUCGGGAUUGCGGGGUUUGGGGGACUGUAGGAUGGCCGGGGGGCUGGAGCUGGUGUGCGGGGCUCUGCUGCUGCUGGCCGCAGGACCAGCAAAAGCUCCCACACCAGUGCCUCCGUUUCGCAGAGCAGAUAUCGCCCUGAGCUGCUCCUACUUGGAAGAAAAUACAAAAGCCACAAUGCAUGCCUUUGGCAGCUUGUCCUCCGAGCGUCCUGCUACCCUUGUGCUGAGGAACAUCAGCGUCAGAGAUGGUCAGAACUUAGAUGAAAUAACUGAGUACAAAGUCCCACAGAAAAAUCCUGUCUCCUCUUCUCCCAUUGUCUUUGAAGCCUCAGCACAGUCAGUAUCCAUCCCACAUGCAGAGUCCCUGCUGCAUGCAGAUUGUGAUGAGGAGGUGAACUGCAAGAUCUCCCCGUACAGCUUGCAGCAGGCUGGUGAGGGGCCCUGCCAUGCCUCCUGGUUCAUGGCCACCCUGCAGCUCUCCAGCGGGAUCAGUAUCACCCUGGUGCUCAGAGGACCGCUCUGCAGCAGCCAGGAGGACGAUGCAACACUGCACCCAAAGCUGAGGAUUCCUAUGAGUGAAGAAGGGACAUUGCUGACCACAGUUGAAAUGCAAUUGUCAUCACACAAUACUUUCUUGCGCACACAUCUUGGCAGCACAAUCACCCUCGACUGCCACUUUGAGCUGGCUCCCAGCUCUUCACUGUCCUCCCUGGAGUGGAGGAGGCAGCACCAAGGCAGCAGCCAUAGCCUCUUCCAGUACCAGGAGGGGAACACAGGCCCAGAAGUGCAGCCAAAAGUCCAUGUGGAUGUAGCUGAGCUCCUGGGGAGCGGAGACGCAUCGUUUAGCCUGCAAGGAGUGAGCGUGGAAGAUGAAGGGACAUACAUCUGUGGGGUGUCCACCCUGCUGCACCAGGCCCAGCUUAUCAUCCAGCUGCAUGUGGCAGAGCCUCCAAGAGUUCAUGUCACUCCGGCAGCGGUGUCAUUUGAGGGAGGUGUGACGGCUACUCUGACCUGCACCAUUGCUGGCUAUUAUCCCCUGGAUGUCUCAGUGAGCUGGACACAGAAGACUCCCGAAGAUGACAUGGAAAUCCCCCUCCCAAACACACAUUUCUCCAGCCACCAGCGAAGCCAAGAUGGCACAUACAGCAUCACAUCCUACCUCAGCAUCAGCUCAGCCACAGCGCAGGCACCAGCCAUCUACAGCUGUCAUGUUUCACAUGCGGCCCUGGCAGAGCCCAUUUCUGUGAGUGCCCAUCUUAAGGCACCAGAGCAAACAGAAUCAGAAAGAUUGCUGGGGGCUUUCAUUGCUACCAUCAUUUUCAUCAUUGUCCUCUUCAUUGUGCUCAGGAGAAGAGCAGCUAAACCAAAGUCUGAGCAGCUUCUAAGGGCUUCAGAAUAGAGGAAACCCUUGUGUCACCCACACACCUUUGUCCCCAGUCCCUUGACACAUACUGCUCAGGAGAGCCAGCCCUGUCCGAAUAUUAACAGGACUACUGGUCGACAUGGAAGGAGUGGGGUUGCCCCUGUGGGAGAAUCUGAGUGACUGUUCAGAAGUGGAAUCACAGAAAAAUGUGUCUUCCUCUUGGGAGGGCAACAUUGACAGCCUCAACUCUUUGCUGGGAUAAUGGGUCAUGGGCAAUAUGCAUAUAUUUUUGGAUAUGGAUCUUCUCCUGCUUCAGGGAAAAUUAAAUUCUACAUCAAUGACUUGUAAAAUUUGUAUAGAGAUACACAUCAGUAUGUGUACAUGUUGUAAGCAAGUAUACAAGAGUUGCAUCUGUGUAGGUGUGAAUUGGUAGAUGUAUAUAGGUACAUUUGGUUAAUGCCUAUGAGGCAGGUGUUUCAGUAAGACAUUUAUGUGUAAGUUUUAACUGUGAAGCUGGGCAAAUAUGUGGGCAAAAUUGGCACUUCAAAAUGGUAUAUCCUCAAACAGAGGAAGUUGUGGGUUAAACAUCACAAAUCGAGCAGCUGGAGAAAUAUGACUCUCCAGGGGAAAGCUACAAUAAAAUUUUUAACAGAAAUUUCACUGCUAGAAGUUUACAAGAUGGGGAAUAUCUGUGGUUCUGUUGUUGUGAAAAAGACAGACGUGAUUAAACACACUUCCUGCCUAACAGGGAAUUUGAAGGUAACAGAGAUCUUGCAUGUAACCAACAGGGCAAAAGAACACAGAAGGAAGGUGUGGAUGGAAAGGAGGUAUACGGCACCCAAUAAAAGUGAGAAUUUAUGAAGCAUAAAAGGUGAUAAGGAGUGUUCAAAAUAAUCUGGAAAAACUGGAUUGCUGAAAGUGCUAACGGCACUUGGAAGGAGUUUUUUCGAAAUACACUGAAAACUAAGAAAUGCUAGCAACAGCCUAGGCUCCUGCUGAGUAGAUUGAGGUAAAACUGUUGAUAGAGAAGAUUUUUCAUGGAGGUUUUUUGAUACAGAGAAGCUAGUUUGUAUACAGGAAGAAAAACAGUAGUCUAUUCAUACCAGGUGAGGUGGUAAACAACUGCCUAAUCUAUUUGCAAACUCAAGGUUUUAACAGCAUUUAUUAAAAAUAAGGAUUUUGAGAUCAGUAACCAAGAAAAUUUGCAUCUCAGAAUCAACAAAGAUUUGGCUGAGGAGGCACCUGGUCCAAUGGAGUUAAAUGUUUAAAAAUCCCAGCAUACUAGAGAAAUCCCAAGGUCUUGGAAGACUGUGUUGUGUCAGUGUUCACAGAGAGAAAGCGAGAUGGCACCAAUGUUAGAUGGUUCCACAGUAGUAAUCAUAGAUAAGAGAGUGUGAAGCUAUUACAAGUUGGCUAACAAAGGCUUCAACAAUGAAAAAACAUGAAUGAUUUAGUAUGUUUGAAUUUUUUUUAUAAAAAAGGAGUUUUGAGAAAAAAAAGAAUUAAUUCUUUAAUGAAAUUAAAUGUUUGGUUGAUAAAAGCACUGGUGCAGAUUUAACAAACCAAGAAAUCAGUAAACUUUGAAGAAAAAAUAAUAGAAUCAUAGAAUGUCCUGAGUUGGAAGAGAUCCACAAGGAUCAUCGAGUCCAACUUCUGUCCCUGCACAGGACAACCUCAACAUUCACACCAUGUGUCUGAGGGCAUUGUCCAAAUGCUUCUGGAAUAUUCUCAGGCUGGGCACCGUGACUGCUUCCCUAGGGAACUGUCCCAUUGCUCCACCACCCUCUGGGGGAAGAAUCUCUUCCUAAUAUCCAAACUAAACCUCCCCUGGCACAUCUUCCUGCCACUCCCUCAGGUCCUGUCAUUGGCCACCAGAGAGAAGAGACCAGCAACUGCUCCUCUGGCUAACAGACAAAUGGCAAAAGUCAGUUGUUCAAAAAAGAAGCCACAGUCACCACUGAAAGCGUGUUCCUCUCUGCAA